GGCAUGUACUGUCAUUCCCUAUUUCAUAACACCUGUGGAUGCUGGACUACAAUAGCUGUGGAAGUUCUAUAAAGACAGUACACCAUCACCAUGGUGAGCCACAGCCCAGCCCGCGUUGUGCUCAUGUUUGUUGGAUUGUUCGCCUUUUUAGUCUCAAUCACGCUCAACUCUCUAUCAGGAUUUGGUGCUAAAUCAGGUGUUUUCAAGCAGCGCACAGAAGAUGUGACACUCAAGUAUACAACCCCCAUCACUCCUGCUCAGUGGGCUCUAUUUAUCGGGGAUUUCAUAUAUCUCUGGAUUCUUGCCAUGUUUCUAUACUUUUUAGUGGGACUCUGUAGAAGGAGUGCUUACGACUGGAUGUACACCACGCCUGCAGUGCUACCCUAUGGAUUUCAUGUUUCUAUCAUCAUCAAUAUUUGCUUGAACAUUACAUGGUUGUUUCUGUUUGACAGAGAGUUGUUGCUGCCGGCGCUGAUAAUCUCCACACUAAUGAUGCUCAGCGAUUACGUGAUCCUAUAUUUUUCCUGUCGUGGACUGAAGGUCUAUGGAGCCUGGUUGAACAAAUAUCACAACGUAGACCUCUGGCUCAUCAGAAUAUUGGUGCAAAAUGGAGUCGCAGUAUAUGCAACAUGGGGGACUCUUUACACUCUGCUGAACCUGACGAUAUACUUGCAGCAUAAGACAGACAUAUUAAGAUGUGACUGUGCAAUGCUGUCGCUGCUGCUGCUUCUGAUGGAGCUGUUGGCCUGGUUUCUGUUAGAGAACUUCUACCUUGACGAGCAUGUGCGUUACAUUGUGACCAUCUACCCUGUUGUAAUCCUGUGGUUGACCGGCACCCUGAGCAAUUCUGGCUCUCCUGAAAGUCCGACUUACAUCUUUGCAGCUUUUAUCUUGGCUAUUUCCUGCAUCAUCUUCGUGGCACGCAUUGCCCUGGUCACAUGGAAGUGUCACAAACGGCCGCUUUACAGUGACAGUAGACCCAGUAUGUCACCAGUGGAAAUAGCCUUGACACAAAGUAAACUCUUUUUAUGAAUAUGAGCUAAGAGUGAACUAAUGUAACAAUAAAUACAAACGGCCUGUGUUAAUAUUGCAAAAAUAUGAAAACCAAAACACUUGAACAUUACGCACAUCCCAUAAAAGAAAGAGCUUCUUUAACAAAUAAACGACGAAAUGGAAGAUAAAUGGAAGUCAAGAAUGUUUUUUUAAGGAUUUUUUAAAUCAUACACUGAACAAAUGAUGGGUUGAUGCGAAUAUUAAGAAAGAGUCAUGAAGUAGAAUACAUGUUUUGAGG